UGCUGGCCCGGCGUCCCGGAGAGGGGCUGCGGGGGAGCUCUCCUCUCCCCAGGAAGCGCCAUGGGCCCCCCUGGACGCCCUCACACCACCUAGGACGCGUCUCCAGCCAGCAGCGCCUCCCAACCCCGAGGGCAGCAGGAUGGCCCAGCAGCGCCAUGCCAUCCCCCCACCACUCAAGACGGAGGAGGACUACAUCCCCUACCCCAGCGUGCACGAGGUGCUGGGCCGGGAGGGGCCGUUCCCCCUCAUCCUCCUGCCGCAGUUCGGGGGUUACUGGAUUGAGGGCACCAACCACCAGCUGAGCGGGGCCCCUGACUCGCCCCCCACCCCGGUACCCUGCACCCGGGCAAAGCUGGAGGGCAACCACACGGCCAAGAUCUACCGCAAGCACUUCCUGGGCAAGGAGCACUUCAACUACUACUCCCUGGACCCGGCGCUGGGCCACCUCGUGUUCUCGGUCAAGUACGACGAGCAGGAGCACCUCCACCUGCUGCUGCGCACCCGUGCCCGCACCCUGCAUGACGUGGUGCCCAUCUCCUGCCUGGCCGAGUUCCCCAACGUGGUGCAGAUGGCCAAGCUGGUGUGCGAGGAUGUCAACGUGGAUCGCUUCUACCCCGUGCUCUAUCCCAAGGCAUCCCGCCUCAUCCUCGCCUUUGAUGAGCACGUGCUGAGCAACCACUUCAAAUUUGGGGUCAUCUACCAAAAACUGGGGCAGACCUCCGAGGAGGAGCUUUUCGGCACCACGGAGGAGAGCCCGGCCUUCGCCGAGUUCCUUGAGGUUCUGGGUCAGCGGGUGCAGCUGCGGGACUUCAAGGGGUUCCGAGGGGGGCUGGAUGUGACCCACGGACAGACAGGCAGCGAGUCGGUCUAUUGCCACUUCCGUGACAAGGAGAUCAUGUUCCACGUCUCCACCAAACUGCCCUACACCGAGGGGGAUGCCCAGCAGCUGCAGCGGAAGCGUCACAUCGGCAACGACAUCGUGGCCAUCGUCUUCCAGGACGAGAACACACCGUUCGUCCCCGACAUGAUCGCCUCCAACUUCCUCCACGCCUUCGUGGUGGUGCAGCUGGAGCAGGGGGGCACCCAGGGCACCCUCUACAAGGUCUCCGUCACCGCCCGUGACGACGUGCCCUUCUUCGGCCCGCCGCUGCCCGACCCCGCCGUCUUCAGGAAGGGCCCCGAGUUCCAGGAGUUCCUGCUGACCAAGCUCAUCAACGCCGAGUACGCCUGCUACCGCGCCGAGAAGUUCGCCAAGCUGGAGGAGCGGACGCGGGCGGCGCUGCUGGAGACGCUGCACGAGGAGCUGCAGGCGCGCAGCCAGGCCAUGCUGGGGCUCGGCCCCGACGACGAGCGCCCCGACAACGGCGGCGCCGCCCCGGGCUUCUUCGAGUCCUUCAAGUCGCUGCUGGUGCCCGGGAGCCGCCGGGGACGCCGCGGCAGCGCCAUCGGGCUGGGCUCGGUGGAAGAGGUGGGUCCCUCUCUGUCCCCCCUCGGCAUCCCCCCGGUCCCCGGUGUCCCCCCGGUUAACGGCGCCCCGCAGGCGCUGCUGGUGCCCGGGAAGAGCCCGUCCCGGCGGCGGCCCGGCCCCCUCGGCUCCCGCCGCUCCAGCGCCAUCGGCAUCGAGAGCAUCCAGGAGGCGCCGGCCGGCAGGGACGGCCCCGCAGCCGCCGACGGCUCCAGCUCCACACACAGCUCCCCCGAGAGCCGCCGGAACCCCGACAGGGCCGAGAAGCCGGAGCCGCCGGAUUUCUCCCGCUCCUCCUCCAGCGCCAGCAGCUUCGGCAGCGCCGCGGAGGAGCCCGGCGAGCCGGGACGGGAGAGCCGCUCGCCCUCGGGGAGCCACCGCGACGCCUUCACUGACACCCCCUGGCCGGAUGACCCCCCCGGGACCCCCCCAGGCCGCCGCCCGCCUGACCCCUCCUGCCCUGAGAUCAAAAUCCAGCUGGAACAGCCCCCCCAUAACCCGGGUUCAUAGUCACCCCCCCACCUGCGGGGGUGUCACUGCUUCAUCCCCCUCUGUGUGCCACCCCCGUGCCAGGAGCUGAAGCCAUCGUCCCCGGUGCAGGAUUUGGGGGGACCACCCCAAAAAAAUUGGGAUGUGCCCCCCUCCAGACAAUCUCUGUCACCCCAAAAACCCUUUGGGUGAGGGGGUGAUGCACCACAAAGGGGCCUCCCCUCUGCCGUGACCCCAAAACAAAGAGUGGGUCCAACCCCAGCAUCAUCCCCUCCCCGAAAAAAAAAGAGGGGACUCAAAUCCAGGGUAACCCCAAAGUGGAGCUCCCUCUCCCCCCCUUUAUUUUAAGGGACAAAAGUUCCGGAAUGUGCUGGAGGCUGGAACUGGGGGGAGGGGGAGGAAUAUUUUUUCACACCCUCCCAAACUGUGUUUGUGUUUCCCGUGAGUCCUGUAUAAAAUAAAGGUUUAUUUAUCGCUA